AUGUCGUCCAAAGUCUACGCCGAUAUCUAUGCCACUCCGGGUCCCUUUACUCAAUUCCCAGGAGCAGGUCUGCCCGAUAUCAAGCGCUUCAUCACCACUCACAAUGCUCAAGGUGAAGGAGUUUUCCUUCCUGCCGAUAAUGGCGACCAUCAGGCCCUGAUGGCGAACGGCCGUGGCUGCCAAAACAUCCUUUACACAACCCAUGGGGCAGCAGUUAAUCUCAAUGGCGAAGUCGAUAUCGCCUGGGCAAAGAACAAUGCACCGGGUCUCCACGUCCCUGGUGGUACGCUUGUGCGCAUGAUCGACUUCGCACCUGGCGUGGAGUCUCCCAUGCACCGUGCCAUGUCGUUGGACUAUGGCACAGUUAUCGAAGGAGAAUUCGAGGUUGAGUUGGACAGUGGUGAGAAGCGUACUAUGCGGCGAGGCGAUGUCCUUGUUCAACGCGCCACGGCUCACCGAUGGCGCAACCUGUCGCCCGAUAAGCCUGGGCGUAUGCUUUUUGUGCUGUUGGAUUGCCAACCUAUGGAUCCCAUUAACGGCAAGGAAUUCAAGAUUGAGCUGAAUGAGCUUUCCCCUGAUUUUGAAGACGAUCACUAG